ACCAGGUUUGCAGGAGGAGCACUGAGUCUGAAGGCAGCAGAGAGAGAAGAAGCCGUACCAGAUCAGUCCAUCAGCAUCUGUAGAGACAGAUUAAACAUGCUGUGGUUUCUGGCGCUGAACUGGGCGAUCUGCUUGGGAGGACACACUGCUGCAGGACAGAGAGAUGGAGAAAUUAUCAGUCAGAUUAAAUUGACGAACCUCGCACUGGCUGAGAUUAAAGAGCUUCUGAAACAACAGAUUAAAGAGAUGGUAUUCCUGAAGAACACAGUGAUGGAGUGUGAAGCUUGCGGGAUGGGAGGAAUGACGCCUCGUCCCUCCUGCGUGCCCAACCCCUGCCACCCAGGGGUGAAGUGUAAGGAGACGCCUCAGGGUAUAAAGUGUGGGCCCUGUCCUGAGGGCAUGGAGGGCAACGGCACCCAUUGCACUGAUGUGGACGAGUGUACUGUGAUGCCGUGUCACAUGGGCGUGCGCUGCAUAAACACCUCCCCGGGUUUCCGCUGUGGUACCUGUCCUGCUGGAUACACCGGGCCCCAGGUCCAGGGCGUCGGCCUCGCCUACGCCACCGCCAACAGACAGGUGUGCAGAGAUAUCAAUGAGUGUGAAGGCCUCAACAGUGGAGGCUGUGUGGAGAACUCUAUCUGUAUGAACACCCCUGGCUCGUUCAGAUGCGGUCCUUGUAAGACGGGCUACGUUGGGGAUCAGCGGCGCGGCUGUAAGCCGGAGAGAGCCUGUGGGAACGGCCAACCCAACCCCUGCCACGCCAGCGCCGAGUGCAUCGUCCAUCGAGAGGGUAAAAUCGAAUGUCAGUGUGGAGUCGGUUGGGCUGGAAACGGCUACCUUUGCGGGGCUGACAUCGACAUCGAUGGUUUCCCCGAUGAGAAACUGGCCUGUCCUGAGAAUAACUGCAACAAGGAUAAUUGUCUCACUGUUCCAAACUCUGGUCAAGAAGAUGCCGACCGUGAUGGAAUGGGAGAUGCCUGUGAUGACGAUGCAGAUGGGGAUGGGAUCCUCAACAUGCAGGAUAACUGCGUGUUGGUGCCCAACGUGGACCAGAGGAACAUUGAUGAGGACGACUUUGGCGACGCCUGCGACAACUGCCGCGCCAUCAAAAAUAACGACCAAAAAGACACAGAUGUGGACAAAUUCGGCGAUGAGUGUGAUGAAGACAUUGAUGGGGAUGGAAUCCCCAAUCACCUGGAUAACUGCAUAAGGGUUCCCAAUGCCGACCAGAAAGAUCGUGAUGGAGACAAAGUGGGAGACGCCUGCGACAGCUGUCCUUAUGUUCCAAACCCUGACCAGACGGAUGUGGACAACGACUUGAUCGGAGACCCCUGUGACACCAACAAGGACAGUGACGGCGACGGUCACCAAGACUCCCGGGACAACUGUCCGGCCGUCAUCAACAGCUCCCAGCUGGACACCGACAAAGACGGCAUUGGAGACGAGUGUGACGAUGACGACGACAACGACGGCAUCCCCGACCUGCUGCCACCUGGUCCUGAUAACUGCCGUCUGAUCCCCAACCCUCUGCAGGAGGACUCUAACGGCGAUGGUGUGGGCAACAUAUGCGAGAAGGACUUCGACAACGACACUAUCAUCGACACCAUCGACGUUUGUCCAGAAAACGCGGAAGUCACCCUCACCGACUUCAGGGAGUACCAGACCGUCGUUUUAGAUCCGGAGGGAGAUGCACAGAUCGACCCCAACUGGGUGGUGCUGAACCAGGGAAGAGAGAUUGUCCAGACUAUGAACAGUGAUCCUGGGUUGGCUGUUGGCUACACGGCUUUCAGCGGUGUGGAUUUUGAAGGGACGUUUCAUGUAAACACGGUAACGGACGACGACUACGCAGGAUUCAUCUUCGGGUACCAGGACAGCUCCAGUUUCUACGUGGUGAUGUGGAAGCAGGUGGAACAGAUCUACUGGCAGGCAAACCCGUUCAGAGCCGUGGCAGAACCGGGCAUCCAGCUGAAGGCUGUCAAGUCAAACACAGGACCAGGUGAAAACCUGAGGAACGCCCUGUGGCACACCGGCGACACCAGCGACCAGGUCAAACUCCUGUGGAAAGACGCUCGCAAUGUUGGCUGGAAGGACAAGACUUCUUACCGCUGGUUCCUCCAACACCGACCAGCCGACGGCUACAUCAGAGUUCGUUUCUACGAGGGUCCUAAGAUGGUGGCGGACACAGGCGUCAUCAUAGACACCACGAUGAGAGGAGGUAGACUGGGAGUCUUCUGCUUCUCCCAGGAGAACAUCAUCUGGGCCAACCUGCGUUAUCGCUGCAACGACACUCUUCCUGAGGACUUUGACACCUACAGAGCUCAGCGGGUCCAGCUGGCGUUCUGACGACAACAAACGGGCCAGGGGGAUUCUGGGAAACACUUUCCAAAACACAACUGGGAUCAGAAAUAAAAUCAUCACUUUGCAAACAUUUAUAUAUAUAUUAAAAAAACACACUAGUAAAAGCUCUUCAGAGAGGAGCGGUAACAUAACACAGAUGUUUGAAUUGUUUGGCUGUCAACAAACAGAAAUUUCUGUCAUAAUUAAUAAUGUGACAAAAUAUUGUCCGCUGUAUAUUCAUAUUUCAAGUUAUACUUUUGAAAGAAGAACUAUUGCAAAGAUUUAGCUGUCACUAAUAAAUAAAUGUGGAUUUUGGUAAAUUACGUGCAGCGUCUGGAUGAAUCUAAACUGUUUACUGCUCAGCUGAUUGUGCAUAUUUAAAAAUACAGAUUCUAGUCUAGAAAUAAUGAAAUGCUUGAUUUGAGAGGUAGUUUUGAAUUGCAAACAUGCUUCAAGAUGCUUCAAGAAGGGAUAAAUAAUCUUCUAAACUUGUCAAAUGUCAUUGAUAAUGCAAAUUAUGUUGAAAAUCGUAUAUUUCCCCCAUGUUAAGCAUCUUUAACUAUCUAGAAAAGUGCUCUAUAAAUGAAACGUAUUAACGGUGAAGCCCUGUCAUACAAUAGCUCUACUGCAAAAAAGGUCACAUGUUUGAUUUUCAGUAACAGACGUGACUUUUUUUUUUCAAACUCAACAGCUUUUAGUGGAAAUCAACAUUCUGAACAUUUCACAAGCAUGCACAUAUCCAAAAUAAUCUUUUAAAUUUUGCAUUUGGAAAUACAGAUUACAAAAUAGAAACGAUAGCAAAGACAAUAUACAACAGGGUCGAAACACCAUGCAUGUCCACAGCAAACACACUGCCAUGUUGUAAAAUGACAUCGGACAGUUUUUUUUUUAAUCAGCAUAUUCUGCAAAUCAAGACUAUGUGCAGAGAAAAAUCUGUCUUCCACAUUCAAUUUAAUUGACAUUUUUCUUUCAUCUUAUAAACAAAUGGUCACAUAAGGAGAAUCACAUGGCAACAAAUAAAUAACUACAGAUCUUUUACUACGACUUACAGGACAACAGUGAUAUUAUGCUAUUCUCACUAUAAGCUUUAAGUGCAACUUAAACUGUGUUCUUCCAGAGACAGUUGUAGAGUCAUUUAGAAAACCCCGUGUUAUUAAAGGGACAUUUUAUUCAGACCUAAAACACUCUGGGAACAAGCAGUAAAGACCGAGCAGCAACUCUUUCCUUUUAUCCCGGGACGCCUUUUAAACACAGGACUCCUGUUUGAGCUUCACUCAUCUGCGUCUUCAGUUUGGGACACGAUUUUAAACUGUCGCUGCUUUUUUUAACACGACGUAAACAUGAGCUGUGCUAACAAGUAUCGCAAGUCAAUGGUGUCUCAGACUAAAACAAGCAGAUGAGUAAAAAACUAAAUAGUUUAGAAAACAUACUUUGAGGUGAUUUGUUCAUCUCAUCGGUUUGGAAAAUGGACUUUCGUUCAUUAGCCUGAACAGUUUUGCUUUCCAUAUUUCCGUGUUUAGCCUCAGACGCAGCAGAUUUUUG